AUGAAGCACCUCGCCGCUUACCUCCUCCUCGCCCUUGGUGGCAACGCCAGCCCCUCCGCUGCUGAUGUUAAGGAGGUUCUCUCUUCUGUCGGCAUUGAUGCUGAUGAGGAGCGCCUCAACAAGCUCAUUGCUGAGCUCGAGGGCAAGGACCUUCAGGAGCUGAUUGCUGAGGGUUCCACCAAGCUCGCUUCCAUUCCCUCCGGCGGUGCUGGUGGUGCUGCCCCCGCCGCUGGCGGUGCUGCCGCCGGUGGUGCUGCUGAGGCCGCUCCCGCUGAGGAGAAGGAGGAGGAGAAGGAGGAGUCCGACGACGACAUGGGCUUCGGUCUCUUCGACUAA